AUGUCAAGGAGUGAUACAGACGUUACUUCUACCCUGUUAGAAACCGAGGAGGGUGAAGAAUGCGAAGAAGAAAUUGAAGAAGAGCCCGAAGUUUAUUUCUCUGAAGAUUUCAUAUCCGAAUCGAUUCACAGCGAGAAGUCUACAUUUAUAGGCGACAUAUUUGAGUUUGAUUAUUCUUUUGGUUACGACUGUAAGAGGUACUACAAUCUCGCGGCGGCCGAUGAGAAAACUUUGGUGUUUGUGUCUGGGAAUUAUUUAAAUUUUUUUGAUGUGGAAACCCGACAGUUUUGGUUCCGUAGGAGUGCGAACGGAAAAGGAAUUGGUCACUUAGCGAAAAAUCCCAAUCCAGAGUAUCAACACCUCGCGGUCGCAGAAAACGGAACUAAUCCAGCCAUUAUAGUUUAUGCAUGGCCUUCACUGGAUAUAGUAUGCUUAUUAAAGGGUGGUGCCUCUAGAUGUUUCACCCAUAUAAAUUACAGUCCCGAUGGCUUGCUAUUAGCAUCUCAGAGUGGAGAACCAGAUUUUUUGAUUACCAUCUUCAAUUGGACCAAGCGAACUGUGUUGUUACGAACUAAAUCAAACGUAAACGAGGUAUAUCGGGUAAUGUUUUCCCCGGAAGUGCCAGGACAGUUAACAACAUGUGGAUUAAGCCACAUUAAAUUUUGGAAAAUGGCCCAAACAUUUACAGGACUGAAAUUGCAAGGGGAAUUGGGCAGAUUUGGGAAAACCGAGUACUGCGAUAUUUUAGGAAUAUAUCCCAUGCCAAACGAGAAGGUGGUAUCAGGAUGCGCUUGGGGAAAUAUGUUAGUGUGGGACGAGGGAUUAAUAUCGGUCGAGGUUUGUCAGAUUGGAAGGAAAAAGUGUCACGAUGCGCCAAUAAUGCAGUUCCACUAUGACGAUGGCGAUCUGUGGUCUGUGGGGUUGGACGGGCACGUGCGCGUUUGGUUUUACGAUACCAUUGACCAAUCUGAUCCGCCUGAUUAUGACAGAUUUGUAGAAGCUGAGCCACUGUUUGACUUUUACACCCCUGGGUGUAUGUUUAUGUGUAUACGGAAAGUUAAUAAAGAGUGGAGGGAUUUUCAAUUUUAUGCUCAGGAUGGAAAUGGCGGCUUAUGGUUAAUCGAUCUGAAUACUUUCAUUGAUCCGAAACCGUCUGUCCAAUUGUAUAAGUGUCACGCGGGUAAAGUAAUGGAUAUGGCAGCGUGUCCCUGGGGACCAUACUUGGCAAGCUUGGGGAUAGACGGACGAAUCCAAGUGUAUAACUAUGAAAAACAAAAAAUGAUAUUUAGGCAUGAAUAUCCUGCGAAGGGAGCGACUUUGAUUUGGUUACCCCUGGAGAUGCAACCUUCGGGAGAUCAAUUAAUAAUGGGGUUUGAUGACGGAAAUUUGAGAGUCGUUUUAUUAACAAUUGAUCCGUCUAAGGAAAAUGUUCAGAUCAAAACCAUACAGAUAACCAAACCUCACAACAAACCAAUUGUUAAGACUGAAUUAAAUGUUAGUGAAUCUCUACUGGUGACCGCAGGGGAAGAUGCGACGAUUUUUAUUUUUUUUAUACAACUUCAGUCGAUGCGUCACGCAGUUUUACUCCCAAUUGGAUACAUCCCCAUGCCCGGAAUUGUCACCUGGCUAAUGUGGCAUCCAAGCUUGAACACAACUGUUAUGGCCGGUUGCAUUUAUGGGCAUUUCGUUCAAGUGGAAGUACCAACGCGCCCCCAGGACUAUACAACGAUUACCUACAUAUUAAAAGAAAAGCCGAUUGUCCAACGAUUCACCACUUACAAAGCCCAAAUUCGACGCGAUAUCAAAUUGGCGGAAAUAGAGGCGAUGAAGGCGGAGAAACGCGAGCGGAAAAUGGUGGAAUUGGAAAAACUGAAGGCCGAUAAUCCCGGAAUGGAUAUUGACGAGGAGCUGUUUUUGGAAGAUUCCGAUUCUGAAGAAGAGUUAGAACCUUUACACAUUCCUGAAGUACCGAACCGAGUUUUGUGGAUGCAAAUAAGUCCCGAUAAUAGCGUUUGGUUGUCGAUGUCAGGUUAUGAUGCCGGCUACAUUUAUGAAUAUUUCAUGGAUCAAACUAUUGAAAUUCCUUCUCGGUUUUUAAUUAUUUAUAACGGAGAUGAUUACGCGAUGAAUAAUUUUAUAUACAGCAGUGACAAAAACUAUCUAAUUCUUGCAAUGGAAGACGGCGCUCUACGAGUAGUGAAGACUAAUCCAACAGACUGGCGAGAUUUAUCCGACUAUUGGCAACUAUCAAUGCAUGACAACUUCAACGGAUUCAUUUCCAGGAUGUGCUUCAGCUAUGACGAAACCUUUUUCUUCACUUGCGGAUAUGAUGGAAAUAUAUUCUCGUAUCGUUACAAGCCCGACAUAGAGCCACCGGAAAAAACUCCAUUUAAAUGCACCCCAGUGUUAAGAUCUGCGUUUGAAGUUGAAGAUGUAGAUGGUUAUACAAAUCUAAGUCUGGAUGAAUUUUUGAUUAAAGCCGAACAAGACAGAAUCGAUCGGAUCGCUAGCGAGCGCAGGCGGGAUUAUUUGCAAAAAAUUCGCGUGCUGCGCGAACGCUUUCAGAACGUAUUAAAGCGUAACGAUAAGUUGAUGUCGACCCAGGUUAUACCAAGAAAUAGAUUUGAAAUUGAUGAGAGAAUCAGUCAGCAUUUGGCCGAACGGUUUGCGGCCGACUUGGCUUUGGUUAAAAGGAAGUUGGAGUAUAACGUGGAAAAGUCCAAAGUCGGCAUGGUCAAGUUGAAGAAUCGUUUCGCCGAUGACUUGGAUGUAUUUCCAAUCGCUGUUAAAUGCGUUACAAAGCAAGUGUCUGUGAAAACAGAAAGGCAGCAAAAACUAUCAAGCGCUUUCUCCGAUAUGCUGGAAGUUAUAGAGCAGAAAAUUUUAGAUGAUGAGCGAAAUAGAAAGCCCCCAGAACGAAUUCAAGUGGCACAAGAAACAUUCAAGAUACCAGAAAGAGCCGCAAAACGUCUCGAAUACUUUCUUAUGGGCUUAUCGCCGUCUACCAUUGAAAAGGGUUUGGGGCCGAAAUUAGCAAGAUUUCUGCGUAAGUAUAGGCAACGGAAGGAACGCAUGGAAGAGCGACGCAGAGAGUGGAUCAUGUUUAAUGCAAGAAAACCAGUCAAGGGAGUUAACAAUCCAGAUGACGAAGCCGCCUUGGCAGAAGCCAUCGAGACUAUUGGGAAUUUUAAAUUAAAAACUGCCCCUGAUUAUACGGUACCGAAGCACUUACGCCAAUCGACCGUGAAGAAAUAUAAACAACUGCUACACGCUCGUUUAAACCAAUACAAUUUAAGACACAAUCUAAACAUGUCCAUUGUUAAACUACGAGAUGAUAGAGUAAAUUUGAUUGAUUAUCUGAAGGAAAUGAAAGAAAGGUUGAAUGUUAUACAACAAGAAAUCGGCGAAGAUCUGAUAGAACUAUCGCCACCCAUGCCAGAAAUGUUACCUGAAGAUUUUCCGGAAACGAAUUUGGACAUUAAUGUAAAGUUAGCCGAAGUACCACAGACGGUCCAAGCAAAAAUCGUUCCUAUUCCUAAAGGAGAUUUGCUUGAAAGGGAGGUGUUGCUAAUGAAAAAACCACUUUCAACGCUGUAUCCUCAGCCUCGAGUUGAAAAAGGAAGAACGAAGAAAACUGUCGAGCCGUUUAUUAACCCAGCUGUAGCUGCAUUGUGUGUUGACACUGACACUCCAUGGGAGGCGGAAAUCCGCAACUACCGUUUAUCGCGGUAUCUUUUUGAACAACAACGAAUUCUUGACAAAAUGAAUACAGCAACAAACAAAUUUGAUGACGAUGUUAUUAGCGUAUCGCAAAAGAAGAUUGAAGUGAGACGUGACGGAGACCUACUCGAUCUCCACAUCAUCUCUUUGAAUCAAGAAUUAUUAAUCCUCAACAACUUCGAAGCGAUUGAGAAUAAAUUGCAAGCUACAGUCUACUCUAACAUGCAAGAAAUGCUCGACAUGCAAGACCUAAUCUCCUCCUUAAAUGGAAAUAUCGAAUCAAAUAAACGACAAAUUGAAAACCGGCAAGAGGAGGAAAAGACGAUACAGCAACAAUUUCUCGGGGCCGCCGCCGAUAGCAAGUUCUACGACUUUCUUCGUCGAAUCUUCAAGAAAAAGUACAAGCCACCUAGAGUGUACAAUCCAGAUGAGUCGUCAUCGUCGUCUGAAAGUUCCGAUAGUUCGGAGUCGGAGCAGUUGGAUGCCGGAAGUAUCGAUUCUCGUGAUUUUACCGUCGUCAGGCUCGACGAGAAUGUUUGCCCGAAGGGGUGCGAUCCGGCGCUUUAUGCAAAGACGUUCGAAUUACGAACUAAAAGACAUGGUGUGGAAUUGCAAAUAAAAGACCUGAGAGCAGAUAUAGACUCUAUAGCAAAAGAAAUAGCAACAAAAACUAAAAAACUUAAAAUGAUUGACAAAACUUUAAAGGAAAGUGAAAAGGAUUUAGAAGCCUACCAGAGGGAGAAGCAACAGAAAAUCAACUUAGUUGCGACGACAGUAGUGCUGAAACUCAAUCAACUGCAACAUUUGGUCUCUUCAAAUCAAUCUAGUAAAGUGGGUGAUGUAUUGCUCUUCUCCAAGGACACCCUAAGUAAUCUGUACGAUCGAGUAGGUCAAUUACAUAACGAGACCAUGAAGCAAAAGUCAAAACACAAAGGAAACAUCACCCACAUGACGCGCAUGCGGACCGAUUGCAAACACAUGAACAAGCACAUUGCCGAAUUAAAAGCCCAAAUCAAGGAGUUGAUGAUUAUAAAGUUUGGACAAGUCGUAGAUGUGGAGGAUGUCGAAGAAACCUCAAUCAAAGCAAUGAUGUUCGGUAGCCCGUUGGCGAAUAUUGACGAUUUAGAGGAGUCUGCUUUGAGAAAGAUGGUAUUCGAGCUUCGGGUGUCUCAAGAGCAAGUGGAUAAGUUAUAUAAAGACGAAAUAUUGUUGUGGGCGCAAAUUUACGCGAAAACUCAGGUCGAACUAGCCGAGACCAUUAAAGGCAAUACGGCCCGUUUGGAUUUGUUAGGGUUGCUUAACAAGGAAAAGGCGGAACUGGCUAGAACGAUCGACUACCAAGCAAAAAAACGGGAGAAGGAUACUGUAACUGAGUCGGACAUACUUAAGUUGUAUGGCAGUGAUUUGGAGCAAUUAUCAAACAUUGUCAAAAACCAACGCAAGGAGCUGAAAAUGUUACAAAACGAAAUAGCUCGCUUGAAGACCAAGGGAUUUGUGGUUGAUAAAGCAAAGGCGCCAGCGAAGCUUCCCAUUGAAGAUCCAGAAAUUAAAAAGGAAGAUAAAGAAGAUGAAUUGGAAUGCACGGUUGACUUGACCGAACUUGCUCAAGAACCGCUAGAACAAAAAAUUGCCGGUUCCAGUUCUUCAUUGUUAUCAAUGUCAACACUAAAUAUGGCAAAAUCACUGGUGAUGGAAUUAAUAGACACAAUAGCCCCAUAUAGUCUUACAAAGUUUAUCAGAGAGAGUCUGGUUAAUCACUUGAUAAUGGACAUACUACAACGGCCUAGCGUUGAAGAAGUGGCCGAAAACCUCCAAGCGCUUCUACCAAUUGAACCUACGGAGGCCCAGCAAGAACUCAUAGAAACCGUGGCAGAGCAGAUCUUUUUGUUGCAACAACCUGAGAUGAUCAGCGAUAAAUUGUCUGCUUCAAGCAUAGUGGCGGAAGUUAUAGAGAAAAUUAUUCAAACAAUUGAUAACCCCGCGGAAGUUGUGAGCGAAGUGCUAUCAGAGUUAGUUAGUAGUCUACCGUUGGAUUACCUAUUGAAGCUCACGACGAUAAAGAGUAUCAUUUCGACGAUUAUAUCCAAAUGCCACAUCGAGGAAAUUAAUAAGGAAGAAUUGGUGCACGCAAUUUCAAAUACGAAAACUGACAGAAAAAUGGAAAUGCAAUUAAUAAUGGAUAAAAUUUUAGAAGCGGUUUAUGGAUCUGGGAUUGAUUAUUUAUAUUUUGUAGAGCAGUAAGACUAGUUUUACUUCUUAUGUAACUAUUUAUAAAUAUUUUUUCACAAAAUAACCUUUGUAAAAACUAUAUAAAGUAUGUACUUUUACCUAUGCGCAGAAGCUCCUGUUGAAGAUUCGACUUUUUCUACUAUCUAAUGUAGAAAUAAAAACACCCACGAGUUUUGUCUUUAUACUCAGGAUGUAGCUUGAUCUAUUAUCAUUUACUCACAUAUGGGUCUGCAUCACAUAUGUCAUAGAGCUCUUACUCCCCCCGUUUGGUCUUGUACCUUCCUGUUGAUUGUACCCACCUGGCACCCACUCCAUCAUGUCACUUAAAAGGGGUUUACACAGGUCGAUUUUCGCUGCACGAC